ACAAAUUGUAUAUUGUGCAAUUGUUGUUGCUGCUUUUCUCGAGUCAAAUGAAACGGAAAUUCAGCAAAGACAAUGUGCGAUAAAUAUGCUAACUAACCGAAGCAAACGGCAGUGGCAACAAUAAACAAUAUCAACUAUUUAACAACUGAGCGUGUGAGCUGACGCCUCACAGAGCGACCCCUAAACACCCACCCACCACCCACACACAUAUAUAUACAUAUAUACAAAGAGCGUAAACAUGGCCUGCUUUCCGCGCUUCUUUCAUCAUCGCAGCAAAAACAAAUUCACACCGGCCCAAGAUGAAAACUCAGACACCAUACUCAACACACAAGAUAGUCCCGUGCAAAUUGGUCUGUAUAUACGAAGGGAGGAGAAACCGCUUUACUCCCCCAUUAUCACGCCCAGUGCCAGUGAGGCGCAGCUGCAGCGCCUAAGGCAACAGUCCACAGCCCACAAUCCACAAUCGCAGCAGCAGCAACAGCAGCAGCAGCAGCAGAUUGUUAACGAAAAUUUGACCAGCACGCCCAGCACAGUUAGCAAUGCUGAUGGCUUGCCGGAUGACAGCAGCUUGGGCAUACAGCAGAGAAAGAUGUUUCGCUCUAACAAGAACAGGCUGCUGCUGCAGAGCGAAGAGCGGGAGAAGGAUGUGGGCAAGGACAAGGCCAAGGCGCAGGAGCAGGAGCAGGAGAAAGAGACUCUGCCAGUCAAUGGCUGUGCAAUUAAUGUCACACGUAGCAAUUCAAAGUUAAAGCCCGUCAAAGAGCGACGCCCCACAGCGCUGCCCACCGAGGCGCCCCCAGCGGAUGCUGACGAGGAGGACGAGCGCACCUCUGCUGAUGCUGUGGACGGCUCCCAGUCAAAGCUCAAAGUGAAUGUGAAUGGCAUAAUUGAUGAGAGUGGCGACAGUGAGGCGUCGGUGCCGCCCACAACAUUCACACCAAAUGCAGAGGCAGAGGCAGAGACAAAUGUAAAAUUUUUCAUUGGUCUUACACAGGAACUAAACGCUGAUGAUGACACUUUGUCCUGCCACAGCAACGACAACAACAACAACAGCAACAACUGCAACAAACUGGCAAAUGGCACAUUACCACAGAGCCAGCCACAAGUUCUGGGGUACGAGCAGCAAAAGAUGCCAGCAAAGAGUAAAAGCAAUAUGUCACUCAAUUAUCUGAGUAGAUCGAAAAGCAUCAUUGCCAACGAGACGGCAACUGCGAAUGGAGGAGGAGGCAGCCAUCAAAAGCGACGUGUGUCCACUAUGCCCGAUAUUAUGAUUCCCCCACCUCCGCCCAUGCCCCUGGAGCUGCUCAAGCCAGCCACUCCGCUGCAUUUGCGCAAAAAGACACGGUCAAGGACAACGCAACCGGCCCAGAGGCAACUGAAGCUACAACUGAAACUACAGAGCCAAAGCUUCAGCACUUCCAAUAGUCAGGAUAACUUGACCAAGUCCGAGCUGGAACAACACUAUAAUAGCCGCAGUAGCCAAAGCUCUAUUACCAAACUACAACGCGUGGAAGGUGGUCUCAUCUAUAUGCGACCAAAUUUGCCCGUGCAGCAGAAUAUUGAAAUCGAAUAUAUUGCCAAGGACGAAGCCACACGCAAUCUCAUACUCAAUGCCAUUGAACGCAAUGAUUUCCUCAACAAUCUAAUGGAUAAGGAGCGCAAGGAGAUGGUGAUUAAUGCAAUGGCCCCAGCCAGCUACAAGCAAAACAGUUACAUUAUCAUGGAGCACGACGAGGGCUCCGAGAUAUUUGUCUCCGCCGACGGCUACUACGAGGUAAUACAAGCGGGUCACAAGGUGGGCAACUUUGGACCAGCCACAGUCUUUGGCGAGCUGGCCAUACUUUAUAAUGCGCCACGCAAAGCGACCAUCAAGGCUGCCAGCGAUGCACGCGUCUGGAAGAUUGCGCGGGAGACUUUUCGCGCAAUUAUGCAGCUCUCAGGCUCACGCGAGCGUGAAGAGAAUUUGCAGUUUUUGCGCUCAGCGCCCUUUCUGCAGGAACUGGAAGAGAGUCUACUCGGAAAAGUGGUGGAUCUACUGCAGCGUAAAUUCUAUGAGACGGGCAGCUGCAUUGUGCGUGAAGGUGAACUGGGUAAUGAGUUCUUUAUUAUACGCGGCGGCACGGUUACUAUUAAGAAAAAGGACGCUGCUGGCGUGGAGCAGGUGGUGGCGAAACGCAAGCGUGGCGAUUACUUUGGAGAACAGGCGCUUAUGAAUGCGGAUGUGCGGCAAGCGAGUGUCUAUGCGGAUGCACCAGGCUCAGAGGUGCUCAAGCUGGAGCGAGAAGCCUUUGUCAGCUAUUUGGGCACCAUAAGGCAACUGAGCGAAAAGCCUGACGUGCAGUCCAAUGGCAGCGAGCGUUCGAGCAAUAAGAGUGCGGAAUUUGAUAAUGAACACGCUCACAUUGCCAUAUCGGAUCUGAAGAAGGUGGCCACACUGGGAUCUGGCGCCUUUGGACGCGUCGAUCUUGUUGCUUACAAUACGCAGGCAUUUGCCUUGAAGAUAAUCAAAAAGAUUGAGGUCAUCAAACAGGAUCAAAUCGAGCAUGUCUACAAUGAAAAGAAUGUCAUGAUCAAGUGUCGCGCUUCACCGUUCAUUGCGCAACUCUAUCGCACCUAUCGCAAUGAGAAGUAUGUGUACUUUUUGAUGGAGGCCUGCAUGGGCGGGGAUGUGUGGACGGUGAUGACAAAGCGUCAGUACUUCGACGACAAGACUGCCAAAUUCAUAGCGGGCUGUGUGGUGGAAGCUUUCGAUUAUCUGCAUGCUCACAACUUCAUCUACAGGGACUUGAAGCCGGAGAAUCUAAUGCUCAGUAGCGAUGGCUAUUGCAAGUUGGUCUACAACAAAUGUUUUGGAUUUGCCAAAUAUGUGCGGCCCAAUGAGAAAACCAAUACAUUUGCCGGCACACCCGAGUAUGUGGCGCCAGAGAUUAUAUUGGAUCGCGGACAUGACCGUUCCGUCGACUAUUGGGGUCUUGGCAUAUUGAUCUACGAGCUGCUGGUGGGCCAGACGCCUUUCCGCGGCGUGAAUCAAGUCAAGAUCUACCAGAAGAUACUUGGUGGCAUCGAUCUCAUUGCGAUGCCCUCACGCAUACCCAAGUCCGCGCAGCAUCUGAUACGGCACUUGUGCAAACAGUUGCCGGCAGAGCGUUUGGGCUAUCAGCGCAGAGGCAUUGCGGAUAUAAAGCGGCACAGCUGGUUCGAUAGCUUGGACUGGGUGCAACUGAAGCAGAAGCAAUUGACAUCGCCCAUAAAGCGACCGUUGAAGAGUUGGAAGGACUUGCAGUACUUUAUGCCGCUGGGCGUGGAGAAUGACUACGAGCCGCCCGAGGAGCUGAGCGGCUGGGACAAGGACUUUUGAUAAGUGUUAACAAUUAUUGAAGUAUUCGAAGCAUUGAGAUAUUAUGUAAUAGUUUUGU